AUGGCUGGGUGAACCUUAGUUCUGAGCUUGGUUAAGGAUGGCUGGGCGAACCUCCAUUCUGAGCUUGGUUAAGGAUGGCUGGGAGAACCUUCAUUCUCAGCUUGGUUAAGGAUGGCUGGGCAAACCUGAAGUCUAUGAGUCUAUGAGGUGCCAGUGCUUUGAUUGUGGGUUUUCAUUUGGAACAUGGUGUUAGGGAUGGUGAGUUCAUGUUCAGCACAAAGGCGUUGCAAUCUCAAAUCAUUUGCAUUGGCAUGACCAACGCUGUCCUAAGACUCCACUCCAUAUCUCACAGUAUCUCCCCACUCUUGCGUUGAAGUCACUCAAUAACAAGAUUUUGUCCUUUUUGGGUACUCUGUGGAGGGCCUCAUCCAGCAUCUCGUAAAAACGGUCUUUUGCAUCAUCUUCUGGUGGUAGAGUUGGUGCAUAAGCACUGAAGAGUGGCAUGCUGCUUUUCAACGAGGGGAAUGCGGAGUGACAUUAGCUUUUCGCUUAUGCCAGUUGGUGUUUCAAUGACAUAUGGCAGGAGGCAGUUCUUCACUGCGAUGCACACACCAUGCAGAUGUUGCCCUUCUGGGGUGGUAUCCCUUUCAGAAGAAGGUGUAGCCCCCUCUUUCUUCCCAGAGUGAGCCUUCACCCAGGAGUCUGGUCUCACUGAGAACAGCGAUGUCGAAGUUAUAGCGCUUCAGCUCUGCUGCGAUGAGUGGAGUCCUUCGUUUCGGGUCGGUCGGCGCCAUGGCUCGAGUCCAAGAGAGUCCUUAUGUUCCACGUUGAUAGUCAUAAGGGGACAUAUUUCUUCUUAUUUAGUUUUCAGCUGCUGAAACGGAAUGUCCUGAUAGGUGCGGUAGCCUAUCUAGGAGAUUUAGAGCGAGCAUCUGGGUCGAGCGGUGUGGUUCCUAAAAUGGGCUCCUCAGACGUACAGGGGUCUGCCGGGAGCAGCUGCCACUCAAACCCCAGCUGCUGAUGACCAAUAGCCAUGUGCCGCUACUAUGCAGGGGCCUUGCUAGGAGCUUCCUGAUCUUUCAGUCCUGCCCCAAUUACCAAGCACCCUGUCGCCAGUAGACUUUAAUGGUGCAGGAAAUCUAGGUGGAACUCGCUGAAGAGCAGUAGUGGAUACCUGCAUGCUGAAAUUAUUUAUAGUGACGCGGGGGAUGUGCUUGUCCCAACAUCACUUCUUUGCUGUUGGAAAAUGGGCUCCGGUGGCAAGAAAAAAAUCCAAGACGACCAGCACCUUCCAACAGCUGCAGGAGGCUGUCAGAGGACCCCCUGUCACACGCCGCCAGCACGUUGCUUAUCUCUCAGGGUGAGCUCCCCUAGCCUUUGUCUUCCCAGACUUACCCACAAGGCAGUGGGACAGUGGUUGGCCGAUGCCAGGGCGUCCACAUAACGUGGGCCUGCGCACCGCACCUUUGGGGACCACUGCAGCUCUAAGAUCCCCUGCCGAGUUAGCCUGGGGCCGCGUGGACGCCCAGUUAACGUGUGUUGCCACGAGGAGGCCUGGCAGGAGGCUUGGCGAAGAAGAGGCUGUGUACUGGUAAGGGAGCUGCUUCCUGGUUUACCACAAGGGCUAGCGAGCGGCAACAAGCUGUAAGCGAGAGGUUUGCAAGCAGGCAUCACAACACCCUGUGUGGAACAUUUACAUUUUUGUCAUUUAGCAGACGCUCUUAUCCAGAGCGACUUACAUGAGCAAUUAGGGUUAAGUGCCUUGCUCAAGGGCACAUCAACCGAUUUUUUCACCUAAUCAGCUCAGGGAUUUGAACCAGCAACCUUUCAGUUACUGGCCCAAUGCUCUUAACCUCUAGGCUACCACAUGCGCGCAGGCAGGUAUGCGCAGGCAAGCGGGCAAGAGGGCAGGCGGGCAGGCAGGCAGGCAGGCAGGCAUGCUGCUGCUGCUCUCAUUGCUAUCUGAUUAAAUGCAGCUCUAUUCAGUCAGGAGCCAAAAGCACUGAUGCAUGAGUCUUAGACUGUUUUCUUGUCUCCUCUCACUCCAGGUUCUUCCUCAAGUUCUUCCUGAAGUGCAACCAGAACUGUCUGAAGAACGCAGGGAACCCACGAGACAUGAGACGCUUUCAGGUGGGAGAGAGAGAACCGUAAAAACCUAAUUUUACAUAAUUUCUUUAGACACAACAGUAAUGCUGACAGUAAUGCUGUUGGAUGGAAGCUUUCAGGUCCUUUCUCACGUGUCCUUGUCUGUCCCCGUGUCCCCUUUUCCUCUAUGUCUCCUGUGUCUCCUGUCCCUGUCUGUCCCAGGUGGUGGUGUCUACUACGGUGAGUGUGGAAGGUCAUGUCCUCUCUGUCUCUGACAACAUGUUUGUCCACAACAACUCUAAACACGGUCGCCGGGCCAGGAGACUAGACUCCUCAGAAGGAACACCCUCGUACCUGGAGCAUGGUAAACACUCAUGUCUCUCUCUCUCUCCCCCUCUUUUCUAUAUGUCUCUCUCUCUCUCCCCCUCUCUCCCUCUUUUCUAUAUGUCUCUCUCUCUCUCCCCCUCUCUCCCUCUUUUCUAUAUGUCUCUCUCUCUCUCUCUCUCUUUUUCUCUCUCCUCAACUCUAUCACUACCUCUCCUCUCCCUCUUUCCUCACUUUAUUUCUCUCUCUUCUCAUCCCCACUUCUCUCUCUCCCUUUUCUCUCUUUUAUCUCUCUCCCGUCUCGCUUCCUUUUCCUGUCUUCUCACCUCCUCUCCUCUCCCUCCUUUUUCCCUCUGAGAUUCUUAACUCUCAGUGAGUGAACAGAGAGAGAAGGAGAGGACGAGAGCAGCAGUGAAUCCUGUAUUCCCCCAGUGGCCGGCUCUUGUUAGAACUGCCAUAGUGUCUUAUGAGGACCAUGUGUCGUAGCAGGACUAUGGUGCUUAUGAGGCCCCAGGAAGCUUAAAGACAACACUGAGCUUAUUUCCUAUGAGACCUGGCUGGGUUUAUCCAGCCUCUAUCUCUCUCUCUCUCUCUCUCUCUCCCCCCAAAUAUUUUUCCAGGUUAACACACACAUAUAUAAGCACACUCUCUCACACACACACACACACACACACACACACACACACACACACACACACACACACACACACACACACACACACACACACACACACACACACACACACAGACCCAAACCCCUAAUACUUUGUAAUGAUUUCGAGCCUGCUCAGAUUCCUCCAACUCAAAGAAAUCCAGUUAGAUUAUCAUACUCUUUUCCCUGACGGUAAAUAACAGGAACAUAUUUUCCCUGUGUGGAACUACCUCAACCCCAGGGACCAUCAUGAUAAGGAAGAGAACCUUUGUGUUUUGGGAAGUAUCAGGACCUGUUUGAGGCAGUACUAGGCAAUCAGCACACAAUGAUAUGUAUUGAGGUAUCAGGGCUUGUGACAGGCAGUACUAGACGAGCAAUGAGCAACGAACACAACAGAUGGCAGAGAGGAAGACCCCAAAUAUGAAUCAUGGAUUCAUGCUUCACCAUCUGGUUGACACAUACACCAUCAGUGUCUAUGAAAAGACUUGCAGGAUAGUUAGAGGAGGGAGGGGAGAGAGAGGAGGGAGGGGAGAGAGAGGAGGGAGGGGAGAGAGAGGAGGGAGGGGAGAGAGAGGAGAGGGAAGGAUAAGGGAGAGAGAGGAGGGUGACGAAAGAGAGGAGAGAGAGGCAGGAGAGAGACGGGGAAAGAGCAGAAGUCAUUCUGUAAUAAAGUGGAUUACCCUGCUUUGGAGAAUUACAUCAUGUCUGACAAGCUGAGGAUCUGUAAAGUAGAGGAGAUUAAGCCUUUAUUUAUUAUGUAUUUGUAAUUCCACUGCUGUUAUUUUCUCCAAUCUCAUCCAGUAAUCUAAAGCCUGUAAUCAUAAGGUCCAGGGGCCAGUAUUACGCCUCACAGCAGGCCUAGUUAUGAAUUGGAGAAUUUAGUUUUUCAAUCAGAAUGGAGAAACUGUACUGUACCUUGUAUUCCUGAUUCUGAGUUAAAGCUACAUUUCUGUUCUCUCUCCCACCUCCCCUAAAAAACCCUCCCCCCUCCCUCCACCUCCCCCCCCCCCCUCCCCCUCCUGCCGCCACCCUCCGCCCUCCCUCCUCCCUCCCUCCCCCUCCCCCCUCUCCCCCCUCCCUCACCUCCCACCCUCUCUACCCACCCGUCCCUCCUCCCCCCCCCCCUCCCCCUCCCAGUCCCUCCCCCUCCCCCCCUCACCCCUCCCCCCCCCCCUCCCCCCUCCCUCCCCUCCCCCCCCUUCCCCCCUCCACCCUCACCCCCCUCCCUCCCUCCCUCCCUCCCCCCUCCCUCCCCCAUCCCUCUCCCUCCUCAGCCACUCCCUGUAUCAAGGCGAUCAGCCCCAGUGAGGGCUGGACUACAGGCGGGGCCACAGUCAUUAUCAUAGGAGAAAACUUCUUUGAUGGACUCCAGGUCAUAUUUGGUACCAUGCUGGUCUGGAGCGAGGUCAGUAGCGUGUGCGUGUGUGUGUGUGUGUGUGUGUGUGUGUGUGUGUGUGUGUGUGUGUGUGUGUGUGUGUGUGUGUGUGUGUGUGUGUGUGUGUGUGUGUGUGUGUGUGUGUGUGUGUGUGUGUGUGUGUGUGUGUGUGUGCGACAGAGAAUCAAACAAAAUACAGUGAGUCCAUGGCUCAACACUGCCUUAGCCCUCUGAGCUAAAGCCAAGGCAAUCUGGAUGUUUUUUGUGCAUUUAUAAACCACAUGCUGCCUUACAUGUCAACUGAACAUUUUCUAUGGCUCUUGUAAGUCUUUAUAAGUCUAUGUCUUUCACUUUGAUAUAGAACAUGUUAUGGGGUCUGUAAUAACAAGUGAAGUACAUAUGUAAUAAUAAAACCUUUUAUGUCCCCUGUCCCCCUCCGUAGCUGAUCACAGCCAACGCCAUCCGGGUGCAGACUCCCCCCAGACACAUCCCCGGGGUUGUAGAGGUCACGCUGUCAUACAAGUCUAAACAGUUCUGCAAGGGCACGCCUGGACGCUUCAUAUACACAGGUAAAUACACCUUAAUUUAAAACACGUGGAUGGUACAUAUACACAGGUAAAUACAGAGAGAGAGGGGAGUGAGAGGAGAGGAGAGGGGAGUGAGAGGAGAGGAGAGGAGAGGAGAGGAGAGGAGAGGAGAGGAGAGGAGAGGAGAGGAGAGGAGAGGAGAGGAGAGGAGAGGAGAGGAGAGGAGAGGAGAGGAGAGGAGAGGAGAGGACGAGGAGAGGGAGAGGAGAGGAGAGGAAAGGAGAGGAGAGGAGAGGAGGGGAGAGGAUGGGAGGGGAGAGGAGAGGAGAGGAGAGGAGGAGAGAGGAGAGGGGUAG